AUUUUUAAUUAUAUAACCCUGUGGCUAAAGACGCCAAAGGGAGGAAGGAGAGUAGAAUUUCAAAGUAUUUCCGAUACCUGUAAAUUUUGUCGGCUCAGUUGAACCAUUUCUCAGAACUCGAAAUUUUCGUUUAAAAGUCUGCAAAAAUCUUUUCUCGACCUCAAGAAUCUAGAAGCUCUGAAACCCCGAUUUUGUGAAUAGAUCAAAAUAGCAGCUGGUUUGGUAGGGUUUCGUAAUAUUUUUCCUGCAAACCUAGUUCAUUUUUUCUCAACGGCAUCGUUGACAGCGUAACACAAUUUGUGCGGAAUCUUGAGGAUCCUGCUAUGGAGAAACUGUGGCAAUGGUAGUCAUAGAGGAUAAAAGGAUCUUUACCUUUAAAAUUACCUGAAGCUUUUUGUAUAGACAUUUCACUUUGCAUGCGCUAUGGACCCUGACACUGAGAAAAAGUUAGCAGCAUUGAUUAUGGAGGAAGCAAAAAUGUUACGCCUACAAGCUGAUAAAGAAGGUGUGCAUGCUUAUCUAGCCAAACCAAAGGUCCGAGGACGACCCAAUUCACAGUUUCUAACCGCAACAGUGCGUGGUGUCCAACAAGCUAACCGCAUGGCAGAUGUAAAUGAAAUGUGGCGCCUUAGGGAAAAAGAGUUGGAACUUGAGCAACGAAUACAUGAGAACCAAUCACGUAAAUAUCAGAAAAAUAUGCCAUCCGAGAGUUCAGAGCAUAGGAUGCAGGAUUCAAAGUAUAAAGCAUAUUCAAGUUCUAAAGAGAUCAAGGGCUGCAAAAAGGAGUUCAGUAGCUCAGAAUUUGUUCAUUCAUCUGAUUUGUCAGAAAGUCAUGAAGAUGAGCAAUACUAUUCAGCUAAGAGGAAAAGGGUUUGUAAGAAUGCAAUAGAUUCAGAAGAUUCAGCACAUGACUGCCAAAUGCAUCGUCGUGGCCUUAGAGAUGAAGGCCUAUGUGAUGAAGAGAUUGAGGCCUUCUUACAGUCAAGAACCAAACGAGGUAGGGGAGCCAUAGGGUCACGAAUGGAUGAACCAGGUCCCUACCUCAUGUCUCCUGCAGGGGAAUCAUCCUUGGCAGGGCCUUCAGAGGUUCGAGUAAAGGAGGACUGGGAGCAGCGUAUUAUUGGACCAAGCAUGCCAUCUUCCAGCAGGACUGAUGUUGCUCUUGCAGGUUCAGAUAAAAUUAAGAGUAAGAAUUCUAGAAAUAAAGAGAGCAAGGAAAAAUGCAAACGGCAUUCAAGAAUGCACAGUGAUGUGGAUGGAAAGAGCAAGUUUAAAAAAUCAAAGAAAAAGCAUGGUAAAGGAAACAAGGUGAAAAAGGAAAAAAGCAAAAAGAAGAGAAGGAAGAAGAAAGUGGAUGAUGAAUGAGUUAAUGAUUAAUUUUUCUUGUGAUCUGUGCAUCUGUGCCUUACCAGGGAAGCCUUGCAGCAUCUGAAAUGAAUGUGGGUUGCACUUUGGGGAUUUUUUAUGGGCGAAAUUUAACAUAUUGGCAAUUUUUCCUAGCUAAUGUUAUACUAUAGAAUAACUUCUAUAAUACAUUUAGCCAAAGAAACACUAAGCAAAAAGAGAAAUAUUGGUUUACAAAUAAUGGAGGGAACUCUUGAUCGCUUAUUUGCUUUGAUAAUCCCAUAAAUGAACUUUUCACGUAGGGGUUUUUCUUUCAUGGUAUGAUGCAUCUGCCCAGUGGAAAUGGCACCAGAGGCCUCCUUAUUGGAAACCAAAUUUAGGUCUCAAACAUAUCACAUUUUGAGCUACAGAUGAAAGGGUAUGGCCCGAUAAGUUGACUGUUUGGAACAGCUCUCUAACAGUAUUUCCAACUCAGUGCCAACUUGACACCAGCAGUUUGUCUUUAUCUGGCAUAUCAUUGCAGUUACUCAUUGCUUCCAGACAAGUCACAUCUGAUAACUCUUCAGACUCUUGAGGCAAAUUAGUACUUCAUCUUCUCUUUCUAUUAGUUUCAUUUCCUACCACAUAGGUAUAUAAAAAACAGCAUCUGCUUGGGGAAAUCAGAUAUUGGUAGCAUUGUACAUAUCUCUGGGAUCAACAAAGUUUUUGGUUCAGUGCUCA